AUUCGCAUCCCCGCCCGACAUCCGCCGUUCUCCCAUCUACACCCUGACAGUACGCACUCGUUGGUCGCGGAGAUCGCAAUGGCUCCCAAAAAGAACCGCUAUGUGCAAGAUCCCGCCUACAGCAUGGGUGGGAACGCGGCCCUGGGAGGUGCAGCGGCUGGCGCAGUCCCUCCCCAGCAAGACUUCCAAGCACAGUACGGGUUUCCUGCGACAACCAACGCACCAGUGCCGCAGUAUGGCGCACCGCCCCAGGGUUACCCGGUUGCUCCCCAGCAGCAGCAGGACCCGAACGCGCUGGGCCAGCAGUUCCAGUCAAUGAACCUGGGAGGACAGCCGCAGCAAUUACCGCCACAAGCUCAGCAGCCUCAGAUCCAGCUGCUACCCUCAGACUUGAUUGCAGCACCCGUCCAAGCAGUUGAAGUCGACGCUCCGCCGCCUCCUAUCGCCCUCCCCGCGAACCUCGCCGCGACUCCUUCGCCGCACGCCAACUGCCCCGCGCCGUACAUUCGCUCGACGCUCGCAAGCGUGCCAACCACCCACAGCCUCCUGAAGAAGUCGAAGCUGCCUUUCUCACUGAUUGUGCAGCCGUACACGUCUCUCCACGAAGAUGAGGCGCCGAUCCCUGUAAUCGACGACCAGGUCAUAUCGCGUUGUCGGAGAUGUAGGGCAUACAUCAACCCAUAUGUGACUUUCCUCGAUCACGGGCACCGCUGGCGUUGUAACAUGUGCAAUCUUACGAACGAUGUCCCGCAAGCAUUCGAUUGGGAUGCGGCUCAGCAGAAGAGCGUCGAUCGCUGGCAACGAAGCGAGCUCAACUACGGCGUCGUCGAAUUUGUUGCGCCCCAAGAAUACAUGGUCCGACCACCGCAGCCAUUGGUAUAUCUGUUCCUGAUUGAGGUGGGACAAGCAUCUUUGGUGAACGGACUUUGCGCAACAGUGUCCAAGAUCAUCGCAGAGGCCCUUCCACGGAUACCCAACGCAGACGGCAGGACGAGGGUUGGAUUCAUUGGUUUCGACACGAGCUUAUACUAUUUUUCAAUCCCCCGCGAUGGCAGCGAGAACAACGACCCCUCCAUGUUGGUCGUUUCCGAUCUUGACGAGCCUUUCCUCCCCACUCCCGACAACCUCCUCGUAACCCUGUCCGAAUCGAUGCAGAACGUGCAGACCUUCCUCGAAAAGCUUCCGACCAUGUUCCAGGACAACCCACAAACAGGAUCCGCCAUGGGCUCGGCCCUUCGUGCUGGUCAUAGAAUGACCGCGGCUAUCGGUGCAAAGAUUACCGUGCUUUCUUCUUCGAUACCCAACGCUGGGUUUGGGAAGCUCGAGAACAGAGAGCGGAAGGAUAUUCUGGGAACCAGUAAGGAAGGUAGUUUGUUGCAAACGCAGAACUCCUUCUACAAGAGUUUUGCAGUUGAGUGCAGUAAGAAUCAGGUCUCGAUCGACAUGUUUCUCUUCUCCAGCGCCUACCAGGAUGUCGCUUCGCUCAGCAACCUCCCGCGCUAUACCGGAGGACAAACCUAUUUCUAUCCCGGCUGGAAUGCGGCGAGACAGGAGGAUGCGAUCAAACUCGCACAGGAGUUUACAAACUACCUUAGCUCCGAAAUCGGGCUUGAGGCAGUUCUUCGUGUCCGAGCCAGCACCGGCCUCCGCAUGUCUGCUUUCUACGGCAACUUCUUCAACCGCUCCUCGGACCUCUGCGCGUUCCCGUCAUUCCCUAGGGAUCAGCAAUACAACGUCGAAGUUGCGAUUGAUGAGACUCUUACGCGGCCACAAGUCUUCCUACAAGCUGCCGUGCUUCACACAAGCUGCAAUGGCUCAAGACGGAUCCGCGUGAUGACCUUGGGACUCCCCACGACUGACAACAUCGCGAGCGUGUACGCGGGAGCCGAUGCGCAAGCUAUCACAACUUACUUCAGUCACAAGGCCGUUGAGCGAGCCCUUUCUAGUGGACUCGAUGCCGCUCGAGAUGCUCUUCAGUCAAAGGUCAUCGAGAUCCUGCAGACGUACAAGUCAAACAUUGGAGGGGGCACAGGAGGACUUACACUGCCUGGCAACCUUCGUGCUUUACCUGUGCUAUUCCUUGGUCUGAUCAAAAACGUUGGCUUGAGGAAGAGUGCCUUGAUACCCUCGGAUCUACGCGCUGCCGCUCUCUGCCUCCUUUCAACGCUACCAACCGCUCUGCUUCUUCGAUACAUAUACCCAGCAUUCCAUUCCCUUCAUGACAUGCCCGAUGACGCUGGCGUACCCGACCCUCAGACCGGCAACAUUGUCAUGCCGCCACUACUUAACCUCUCGUCCGAGCGCAUUGUACCCUACGGUCUCUACUUGCUUGACGAUGGCGUCAACCAGUUCCUGUGGGUUGGACGCGACGCAGUACCGGCGCUGUUGAUGGACGUUUUUGGUAUCGAGGACCAGUCAUUGAUUAAGCAGGGCAAGACGACCCUGCCCCUGCUCGACAACGAUUUCAGCCAGCGCAUCCACGCCGUGCUCGAGAAGGCGCGCGACCACAAGGCCAAGGGCGUGGGUAGCAUCACCGUCCCGACACUCUACGUGGUCCGGGAAAGCGGUGAGCCAACGCUCAAGCUGUGGGCACAGACGCUGCUUGUCGAGGACCGCGCAGACCAGGGUGUCAGUCUGCAGCAGUGGCUUGGCAUGCUCCGCGAGAAGGUUGUCCAGUAGGCGGACAGUAUUAUAAAGGAAGGAGCGAGGGAAGAAGAAAGAGCAGUCGUCCACCUGCUUGGGCUGACUUGAAUUGUUUGGCGACCGUGCUGAUGCGAUGACGGAUACGAAGGGUAUGAGAGGGGCGGAUGGGACGAGAUGGCGGAAUAGUCACUUGGGCCGACGUUGAAUGCAGCCCGGGCUCUGGGCACGGAGCUUAGAGGUGUUGCUAGACCUAUGCAGUUCAAUCCUAUAAUGUGCAAACAUAACGGUUCUAUAGGAAAAGAGGGGAGAGGUAGCUUUGAGCGGUUACUUGCUGAUGGCAGAU